AUGCCCCCGUCGCAGCCGCCAUCCAUCUUUGCGAACCACGCUGCCACGAAACCACCCAGGACGAGCUUUGCAGGCACAUCGGCCCCCGUCACACCGCUCGAGCACCCACGGCGUCUGCUGCAGACACCGCCCUCUACAUGGACGCCAGCCCUACGCCUUGACCCCAGUGAUCCCAACUCGCCGCCGCUUCUUUUUGCCCGCAGUGGGGGAACUGGUGGUGGUAGUAGCAGUAGAGGUGCCCUCCAGACACCGCCCGCCGUUGCUGGGAAGAAGAGGCCAGCGCCCCCCGUGCUCGAAUACAACCCCGCCCCGGCCAGCGAACCCUUGCACAAGCGCCGACGCGUCCACACGCGCGCCCGACACUCGCUCGACAGCGACCACUUCAGCGUCUCCAAGAGCGCCCACGCCCACGCCUACGCCCGCUUCCCCGUCGGUGGCCGCCAGCCACCCUCGCCGCUGUUCUUCAGCGCGCGCAGUCCUCGCCCGCACCUGCCUGCGCGCUUCUCCAGCUCCGAGGCCGCCGCGAGGAUGCUCAGCAAGGCGCAUGGCGAGGAGGGCGGCAUCAAGACGGUCACGCUCGCCCGGGGCACUUUCAGUGCAUCGCCAGCGGAAGGAGCAGUGACCGGUCGAGCCUGCCGCCAACUGCAUCGCCAGAAGGCCCGCGACCGCACCGACCCGCUUAGGCUGCUGGGCUCGGUCGGCAUCGUCGAGCUGCUGGAGCAGGAGACGCGCCCGACCUUCAUCGUAGACAUUGGCGACAGCGCAAACUACUUGCCCCGCUCCACGGCUCUGCAGAUACUCUUUGCGAACACGGCUCUGCGCUCCAGCGCCUCUACCUGGGCACUCGUGGCAGGCCGGUUCUCGGACCACGAAGAAAACGAAGCCACUGCAAUUGCAGCCACUCAGUUCCGCAGCUGGCUGCUGAGCGCCAUCCAAGGCGACACUCCAGCCGCCAACUCCCUCGCCCGUCGAACAUGGGGGGCGAGCCCUCACCCUGCUGCCAUGUACUGGGGAGACGAACUCGUUGCAAUCUACAAUGAGGCUUAUAUCGGCCUUGCUGGCCAAAAGCAUCCAGCUCUGAUGGGACAAAGCUACAAGAUAGCGUGGGCCGAAAUCUGGGACGAGGUCAAGGAUGUCUUUGCAAAUGCUCGAAUGACAGGACAAGCGACUAUGAAGGAUGACGACUGCCUUUUCAUGAAGCGCAGUGGAUUUCUCGAGGAGACGUACUUCUCUUGGUCCAUCAUUCCAAUGGUCGGCGAAGAUGGAACCGUCAUGGGACUCUACAACCCAGCUUUCGAGAAGACGAGGAGGAAGAUCGCCGAACGACGAAUGCUAACCCUCCGCGAGGUCGGCGAAAACACAGCCAUCGCUCGAGAUGUCAAAGGCUUCUGGGACCAGGUGUUGAUAGCCCUCACCGAAAACGAAUUCGACACGCCAUUUGUUCUACUAUACUCCGUUUCUGAUGAGAACGACAGUGAUUCUUCUUCGCUAUAUUCUAAUAGUCUUCUCGAGGCUAAAACAUGCUUCCUCGAAGGCUCCCUAGGCGCCCCGACUGGUCACCCAGCUGCGCCGGAACAGAUUGAUCUCAAGGAAGGAAACGAGGGUUUUGGUCCUGUUUUCCGCGAGGUCAUGAAGACUGACAAGCCAGUCGUGGUCAGCAUCGGGUCCGGCGAUCUUCCACAGGCCAUGAUGGAAGGGCUUGACUGGCGAGGGUUCGGAGACCCUUGUCGAGACGUUGUCAUCUGUCCAAUUCACCCAACCACUGGCGAGACAAUAUUAGGCUUCCUUGUUCUUGGCAUAAACCCAAGGAGACCGUACGACGACGACUACAAUCUCUUCAUUCAGCUCCUCAGCAGACAGCUAGCGACAUCGCUGGCGUCCGUUGUCCUCUUCGAGGAAGAGAUACGCAGGGGCCAAAAGGCAGCGAAACUCGCGGCAGAGGACCGAUUCAACUUGUCUGAACAACUCGCCGCUCGUACGCAGGAAGCAAAAGAAAGCGAAACGAGAUUUACGAGAAUGGCAGAGUACUCGCCUGCAGGACUCUUCAUCGCCGAUCACGCCGGGCGGAUAACAUACUGUAACGACACUUGGUUUGAAAUUUCAAGAGUACCGAAAGAGCGGGAUAAGACGGAUAGGUGGAUCGACUAUGUCAAGGAAGAAGACCAGAGUCUCAUCAAAGACCACUGGCGGAAGUUGGUCAACAAUGCUGCCGCCAUCAACGUCGAAUUCAGGUUCAAAGCGCUUUGGGAGGAUCGCAAUCGCAACAACGGAGACACAUGGGUACUCUUUUCUGCAUUCCCAGAGAAGGACGAGAGUGGUCAGCUCAAGAGUGUUUUCGGAAGCAUCACCAACAUCAGUCCGCAGAAAUGGGCCGAAGGAUUCCAAAAGCGUAAGAUGGAAGAGGCUGUGGAACUCAAGCGGCAGCAGGAGAACUUCAUCGACAUCACAAGUCACGAAAUGCGAAAUCCGUUGAGCGCCAUCUUGCAAUGCGCCGACGAAAUCUCCACCACGCUUAGCGAAUUCAGAGCCACUGGUUCCCGGACCAUUGCCGACAGCAUCGUUUCCGACUCAAUCGAUGCAGCGCAGACUAUUGCGCUUUGCGCCCAGCACCAAAAGAGAAUUGUGGACGACGUUCUCACGCUGUCGAAACUCGACAGUGCGAUGUUAAUGGUUACCCCAGUCGAUGCACAGCCAUUGCAAGUUGUUCAACGUGCAUUGAAGAUGUUCGAAGGCGAAGUGCAAACAGCCGGUAUCGAGAUGCAGUUCGUACUAACGGACUCGUUCAAGAAAUUGAAUGUUGAUUGGGUCAAGAUUGAUCCUUCGCGUGUACUCCAGGUAGGUCGUGUUCUCAUCAACUUGACAACGAACGCAAUCAAGUUUACCACUACCGAAGAGACGCGAAACAUCAAGGUCAUCCUUUCAGCAUCUCGCGAUCGACCAUCAACGGGUGCGUUGCCUUGUGUCAGCUACUUCCCGAUGCGCGCAAAGCGCAUGGAUCAGACUCUUGGACCUGACUGGGGCGACGGUGAAGAGAUUUACAUCGAGUUUGCAGUCCAAGAUACUGGGCGUGGCUUGAGUCCCGAAGAACUCAAAGUCCUGUUCCAACGGUUCCAACAAGCUAGUCCGAGAACGCACGUCCAGUACGGUGGUUCAGGUUUGGGGUUGUUUAUCUCGCGAGAAUUGACGGAGCUGCAAGGCGGUGAAAUUGGCGUGUCUUCUAAAGCAGGCAAGGGCAGUACGUUUGCGUUUUACGUCAAAUGCCGUCGGAGUAAGGAGCCGAGUGAGGCCGUCGAAGGUGCGACAGGAAUAUCGGUCACGAGAAAGUCAUCCAUAGCCAAAGACAAGGAACGUCUAGUUGAACCACCGAAGAUCAAGGAUUUUGCCGCCAUCCCAGAGAAGACAAAACCAGCUACCAAAGCCGCACCACAAAAGACCGACUUGCGGGUCCUUAUCGUAGAAGAUAAUCUGGUCAACCAAAAAGUCCUCCAACGCCAACUCCACAACCACGGCAUCGCAACCAAGGUUGCCAACCACGGCGGCGAAGCCCUCGACAUCCUCAAAACAUCCACAUAUUGGAAAUCCGCACCGCCCGGCGCCGCCGACCUCGGCGUCGUGCUCAUGGACAAGGAAAUGCCCGUCAUGGACGGCUUGCAAUGCACAAGCAAGAUCCGCGAGAUGGAAAAAGCCGGCGAGUUUAAAUGUCACAUUCCAAUCAUUGCCGUCACGGCGAAUGCAAGAAGCGAGCAGAUUGCGACGCUCCUGGCGGCGGGAAUGGAUGAUGUAGUUAGUAAGCCGUUUCGUAUUGGAGAGCUGAUCCCGAAGAUUGAGGAGUUGGCGGGGAGGUAUCCAAGUGUGAUCGACCUUAAGGAGCCGUUGGGAUUAGUCGUUCCGAGUAAGCAGGCGGAAGCGAAGGAGGCUGUGGGGCGGAGGUUGUAA